AUGCUAGCAAAUGAUGGGGCAGCUGACCAGCACAACGAGUAUCAAGGGAUUGCGGAGUCUACUUCGUUGGAGUGCUUGCGCCGAUUCUGUCGAGUGGUCAUCCAACUCUUUGGCACAACAUACUUGAGGAGACCGACCCCUGCCAACUGCCAAAGGCUCAUAGCAAUGCACGAGGAGAAACACGGCUUCCCGGGAAUACUAGGAAGUUUUGAUUGCAUGCACUGGGCAUGGAAGAAUUGUCCAACGGCAUGGCAAGGAGCAUAUACUCGAGGUGAUCAGGGGGAGCCGACAAUAAUCCUCGAAGCCGUCGCAUUACAGGAUCUAUGGAUCUGGAAGGGCUCCACCGGUCAUGUUUCAAGUCACUAUUAUAAGAGGUACUACUUGAUCGACGACAUCUACCCCAAUUGGCCUGUUUUCGGGAAGAGUCCCACACAUCCGACAAACGAGAAGAGCAAGAGAUUCAACGUGAUGCAAGAAGCUGCUCGCAAGGAUAUCGAACGAGCUUUCGGCGUUCUUCAAGCUCAGUGGGCAAUCAUCAAAGGACCAGCGCGUCUUUGGAGCAAGGCGGAGUUGAGCGAUAUCAUGUUCACAUGCAUCAUUUUGCACAAUAUGAUCGUCCAAGACGAAGGCGAGCAGGCUACAAAAUGGGCAGAAGAGGGCAAUGACGAAGCUUCGAGUAGCUCUGUCGCAGCUCGUCCUCGCACUGGUGCUUCGGUUGAGUUUCGUGCAUAUGUGGCACGACAAGCGUCUAUGCGAGAUGCGAAGAUGCAUGUCUCACUUGGGAUUUGA